AUGGGAGAGAGUGACGAGCGCAAGCCAGGACUGGGAGGGAGAAGGCACCGUCGUGCAUCCUCGUUGCCAUCGCUGGAGAUCUGGUCGUCGCCGCCGAUCGUCCUUGAGCCGCCUUCGACCGCCGCCGUUCCUGCCGCCGUCAAGCCUCAGUUAGCACCGCCGAAGCUCCUGCCACCACUGUCGUUGAGGAAGCUCACCGGAGUUGCUGUAGGCUGCCGCCGCUCUGUCUGGUUCUGUUUUGAGUUGCGCAGCCGUGUUCGUGGCCGCCGGGGACAGUGUUGUGGCUGCCAGGAGUACCAAGGACAUUUGGUUGUUUUAUCCUGCAUUGAAGGCAGUCCAGCUGCUCGUGCUGGUAUUCAUCAAGGGGAUGAGUUGGUUGAGAUAAAUGGGGAGAGGCUUGAUGGCCUUGAUAGUGAAGCUGCAGCACAGAGGCUUCGAGGGAAUGCUGGAACCACUGUUACUGUAAAGAGUACUGACCAGAAAGCUUUGAAGAAGAUAUUGGUAGCUGCACAUGACAAGUCUCAAAAGAAGGUUGAUAAAGCUAUAGAGGACAUACAAAAAGAUGAAGGCAGGGAUACAAAGUGAAGGAAGGCAAGCAUGUGUUUCCACACAUGUCAGAAUUGUGGAUUUGAUUAAGCAGACAUUGAAGCUGUUAACUCCCUUUGUUCUUCAUGUUUAUUGCAUGCAGCUGUGUGAAUCAGACAUUGAAGCAGUAGAGGAAAUUAACUUUUCAGUUUCUGAAGUGAAGAGCAACUACAAGAUUUAGCAUAUGGGACAAGUCAAGCAUGGAUAUAAAAUAUGCAAGUAAAUUGAUAUUUUUUUGAUAAAUAUUACUUACUAUUUUGUUAUGACAAUUAUUGUUAGACAAGAAUUUUUUUAUUUUGUUGAGAAUUAUUGAUGAACAUGUAUUUGAAAUACUAAUUAAACCUUUUAA